AAACUCAAAACUCCAAAGAUCAAAACUUUACUUUCUUGAUAGACACAAAUCAGAGUCACAGAGACACCCCAUAACUCUUCCCACCCACCACCAUCAUCAACCUCAAUAAUUCCCCAUUACAAUACUCCAUCGCUUUGCCUUGAAUAGUACGUGAUCCAACUUCUUAACUCAACCCCAUAAAAUAUAUAACUUCCUCCUCUUGUUUUUCUUUAAUCACAGACUUCUCCGUACACGCCACACCUUCAAAGUCACCACCUUUGAGUUUUUGGGUCUUCAAAAAUGGCUUCUUUAACACCAAUCUCACAAUCCCAGUCCCUCUUCAACAAGCCCCAGUUCUUUCUACCACCACCCAAGUCCUCUUUAUCCUCGGACUUCCUACCCAAGAGUUCAGUUUCGUUUCCCAAGAUGAGUAGUACUAGGAUUCCCAUGAAGGCCGGAGUUGUGUCGGCGACGACGGCGGAGAUGCCGCCGAAGAAGAGGUACCCGGGAGAGGGUAAAGGGUUUGUGGAGGAGAUGAGGUUUGUGGCGAUGAAGCUGCAUACUAGGGACCAAGCUAAGGAGGGUGAGAAGGAGGUGAAGGAGCCUCAGGAGAAGCCGGUGGCCAAGUGGGACCCAACUGUGGAGGGUUACUUGAGGUUCCUUGUGGAUAGCAAGUUGGUAUAUGACACUCUUGAGGGGAUUGUUGACAAGGCUCCCUUCCCUUCUUAUGCUGAGUUUAGAGAUACUGGAUUGGAAAGGUCGGAAAAGUUGGCAAAAGAUUUGGAGUGGUUCAAGGAGCAAGGCCAUACCAUACCAGAACCUUCUGCUCCUGGUGUAACAUAUGCUGAGUAUCUUAAGGAACUGUCGGAGAAGGAUCCUCAAGCAUUUCUCUGCCACUUCUACAAUAUAUACUUUGCUCAUUCAGCUGGUGGUCGAAUGAUUGGGAAGAAGGUGGCUGAAAUGAUACUCAACAAAAAAGAUUUGGAAUUCUAUAAAUGGGAUGGUGAGCUUUCUCAAUUGUUGCAGAAUGUGAGGGAAAAAUUGAAUAAAGUUGCCGAUAGCUGGACAAGAGAGGAGAAGAAUCAUUGCUUGGAAGAAACGGAAAAAUCAUUCAAACAUUCAGGAGAGAUUCUCCGUUUAAUAUUGUCAUGAUAGUGUCGCUGCUUUUGUGAUCUUGUGUUUCUAUUAGCUUACACUUGAUGUUGUAAACCUCCCCCUUGGAGACAUGGGAUCACAUUAACUUUGCCAUAGCAAAACAAUUGUUCAAUUGUUCAUCAUGUAAAUAAG